CACUUACUUGUUUGCUUUAGCUAUAAAUCGUCUUUUCGUUGGAAAUCACUGAAAUUUAGAUUUAAUAACCCAUAAAUCAGGUAUGUCUAUCUCCGAUUACUCGUUCGUAUUAAUCAAUUUAAUCUACAUUGGCUCAGAUUUUACGUGAAUAUAUUUGCGAUUAGCUGGAAAGAUUACAUUAGGGAACUCAAGAUUUUCAACGACUAUAUAUAGACGGAUAUUUUCUUGAAAUCCCAUUUAGUGUUCUAGAGUGAAGUAGUGAACAAUGAUUAUAAAAGCACUUUUGCUGGUUGUUGUUGUGGCGCUUGCCAGCGCUGAGAAAUAUGAUGGGUACAAAGUUUUUGAAGUGACCCCAGCCAACGCUGACCAAAUUGAGACGCUUAGCACACUCUCCAAAGAUGCGGAUCAAUUUGAUUUCUUCUUAUUAAGUCGCAUUCCCGGCGAAAGUGCACGUGUACUCAUCUCACCCGAGAUGGAGCAGUACUUCAAGACAAUACUUGAAGAGAAGAAUAUACGCUAUCAACUCGCUGAUUCCGAUUUUGGUCGCUCUAUGACCACUGAAAUCUUGGAAAAUCGUCUGUUGCGUCAAUUGAAACCUUAUUCCGGUAGCGGUCGUCUCGGCACUGAGCGUUACUACAGUCACGAAGAGAUCAAUGCUUACUUGGAUGAUUUGGCUGCACGUUAUCCAUCACGUGUGUCACUGAAAGUUGUCGGCAAGACUUACGAGGGUCGCAUUCUGAGAACUAUUACCAUAACAAAUGGUGACGGUCGUUUGGGUAAGAAUGUUAUCUUGAUGGAUGGUGCUUUCCAUGCACGCGAAUGGAUUUCACCAGCAUCGGUGGUUUAUGCUAUCGGUGAAUUGGUUGAGAAUUUCGAGGCAAACGCUGAGCUAUUGCAAGAUUACGAUUGGGUUGUGUUGCCUGUGGUCAACGCCGAUGGUUAUGAGUAUUCGCAAUUGUCAAGCAGCACACGUUUGUGGCGUAAGACCCGUCAACCGGUGACCAUUAGGGGAAAGGAAUGCUAUGGUACCGAUCCAAACCGUAAUUUCGACUUCCAUUGGUUGGGCAAGGGGUCAUCUUCGAAUCACUGCUCAAACACCUACGCUGGACCCAGAGCAUUUUCGGAACCCGAAGCUGCUGUAGUACGUGACCUCAUUCAUUCAUACAGCGAUCGUGGCAUUAUGUAUUUGACCGUUCAUUCAUAUGGUAGCUAUGUGCUGUACCCAUGGGGAUGGACACGCGAUCUUCCAGAUACUGUUGACGAUUUGCAUGAAGUUGGCAUGGCUGGUGCAAAUGCUAUUAAAGCAUACAGUGGUUCCAAAUACACUGUUGGCUCAUCAACUCGCUUAUUGGAUGAGGCUGCCGGUGCCAGUGAUGACUAUGCUUUCCAAGCAGGCUUCCCUAUUUCCUUCACCAUGGAGUUGCCACGUGGUGGCCGUAAUGGUUUCGAUCCACCAGCAUCUUCUAUCGAUCGUCUGGUGAAAGAGACUUGGGUUGGCAUUCGUGCUAUGGGAAAGAAAGUCACUGAGAAGUAUUCAUUGCCCAAAAGCUUUUAUUAGUUAACGAUAUGAAAUUUCUGAAAUAAUUUUUAAUUCUUGUUUCUUCAUUAAUAAAAUUUAAAUCUUUUUUAAUUAUUUUAAUUCAUAAA